AUGAGGACCACGACACCACAGCGUCUUUCUGAACUUCAAAGAAAUCCGAAAAAUAUCAGAAAUAUAUGUAUUUUGGCCCAUGUGGAUCAUGGUGAGUGAGUUCAGUUUAAGUAUUUAUUACGGCAAUAAACAUGUUACGAACAUGUGCCGGCCCUUGGAUAUUUCAGUUGUUCAUGUCGUCCAUCGAUCUGCUUCUAGGGAAGACAACGAUUGCGGAUGCACUGGUGGCCAGUAAUGGGAUCAUUUCACAACGUUUGGCAGGCAAAGUAAGAUAAAACACAAAGUACCUUUUAUUUAGUUAAUAACCAUUUGAAACCUAAUGGUGAUCAGCGUCUAAUUUCUCCUUAUAUUAAUACAUCUGAAACAUUCAGUAGGAUCAUGAGAAUUAAUGAAAUGAUCGCCAACCUAAGAUGCUUUGAUUGUUAAAAUAUAUUAUCCUCGUCAGUGCCAAAGGAAAUGUUGAAAAAAAUAUGGAGAAUAUGGAUACUGAUGUUAGGGUGGAUAAGGUUCAAUGCUGAGCUAAGAAUGAAUUAUUCUGCCCGUAAAUAUUCUGAUUGUUAGGUAAAAUGAGGAAUCACAUAGAAGAGUAGUAGUCAUACCCAACCCCCCCCCCCCCCCACUUUUUCAUGUGCUUUAUUCCCUCCCCCCCCUUAUCAAGAGUGAGGUGUCAGUGAACCCCCAUCCUAAGAUUUUCUUCACUGGGAUUAAGUGUACCCAUCUACAACAGAGAUAACCCUGAUGCAUCAAUUCAGUGUAUAUUAGCUGUAAAAUUGAACAAAGGAAUUGGGGCUUUUAGUGGGGAGAUUUUUUUGACUAACUUAUUUUGAUUUUUUUAGUUGAGAUAUAUGGAUAGCCGUGAAGAUGAGCAACUUAGAGGAAUAACUAUGAAAUCAAGUGCUAUAUCCUUACUCUUUACCAAAGGUAAUGUGUAUUUUCAUACUAUGACAGUGGCACUCCAAUUCAUGUUAAUCAUGCUUAAUAGGUUGUCAGUACCUCUAUCUGACUUACAAAUGAGCAUCAAACUUAUGUGCAGAUGCAAUGCUAUUCAUUGCUAAAGGCUCACUUUGUGCUGUCUUGUUGUGUGUGAAAAUAAAUUGGGUGCUGACAAAGUGGCAAUGAAGGCAACAACCCCAAAUUUUGGUUUUGUGCAAGAGUAUCAUGUCGCAAAUCACACAUUUUGUAUCACCUCAUGUGAAUGUUUGAGAUAGUGAGUGGUUUCCCUAACUUUCCUCUACGUUAUUACCCCUUCACUUCCAAGAUCUCAUCAGUGGUUCUCCUUACUGCUUACAAAACAGUUCUUAUGAUGUUAGUCUGGAGAAUUUGGUAAUGGAUCAACUAAUAAUCCCCUUGUUAACAUUUGUCUUUUUUCUCAUCACUUGUUUUCUUGAUAUUUUAUUGAUGUUUAGGUGUUAAAGAGUUAAUUAUCAGGGUUGGUAGAAUGCAAAAGAAAUGCAUUCGUGAUACAAGCUCAGAUGUCUUUUUAUCCAAUUCUAUUAGAUUUGUCAUCAGAUGAUAAAUCAAAUAGAUGUUGAUUUAGUGUCAUCAUGAUAGUCAUUACAUGUUGUACAAUGUAAAUAAUGGUUAUGAUAAGUUUUCUUAUUUUUUCUUAUUUUUUUAUUUUCUUUAAUUUAUUUUCCAGGUGAGGAAGAGUAUAUAAUAAACCUUAUUGAUUCACCAGGACAUGUGGACUUUUCUAGUGAGGUAAGUUCAAUUAAGUGAUUUAAUUUUAGUUAAGAUCAACAAGAAACUUUGUCUGUAUUAACUUUACUUUGCUACAUCUUAAUACUGAGAGGUCAUUAAUUAAUUAUCAAAGUACAAUUACAUCAGUUAUCAGUUGAGUGUUUAAAAAACCAAACCUUAAGUAAUCCCAGCAACCAAUCAGAGCAAAGUUUUACAUCAUUGUUAGCCAAUCAGAAUUUAAAGUGAAAAUAAGCAAAGAAAAACAGGACCAAAUUUUGAUUGUUAGUUUUGCAUCUGAUUUAUUGAGAAGAUGGUGUGAGUUUUCUGGACCAGUCACAGAGCAAAGUUAAGUGAAAUCAAACCAAAUCAAACCAAACCCUGAUUACUUUUCAGCCUCUUGAAAAAUGUUUGAUGGAUGUCUGUUAGUUUGAAUAUAUUAAAUAUUUUACAGGUGUCAACAGCGGUACGCCUUUGUGAUGGUGCAAUUGUUGUAGUAGAUGUUGUUGAAGGAGUCUCCCCUCAGGUUAGAAACAGUUUUUUUAUGUUUUGUUUACUUAUCCAUUUAAUAUUUAUUUCUUUAUUCAUACACUACUUGUAAAUUACAUACUUGGCUUGUAGGCUCCACUGUUGCCAUUUUUCUAUGGCUUAAUUUUCCAACCAACUUGUAUCAUGUGAUAGAAGUCUCAAGCUCACUAGUUCAUUAAAUUCUUGAAAUAUAAAUUUUAGUCAGUCAAGCCUUACUAUAUUUGACGAUCUCUGACCCUGACUUUCACAGACUCAUGUAGUGUUAAAUUUUAGUCAGUCAAGCCUUACUAUAUUUGACGAUCUCUGACCCUGACUUUCACAGACUCAUGUAGUGUUGCGUCAAGCUUGGCUGGAGAAUAUUCGCCCUUGUUUGGUUAUGAACAAGAUUGACAGGUUGAUUACUGAACUGAAGUACUCUCCAACAGAGGCUUACUUUCAUUUACAGCAGAUUCUAGAAAAGGUGAAAACAAUGAUUAUUGAGUUGAUAACAUUAUUCUACAACUUACUUUGGAGCUAGAACAUUCAACUUAUAUAGCUGCUUGUAAUUAAAGAGGGGAACUAUUUUUGAAUGGUGAAGAAGCUUUUGAAGAUGAUAAUGCUAAGUAUUUGACAUGGACAAAUUUUUUUACUUAAUUUUACAGCACCAUGCACCCUUACAUCAGCAUUCAUAUUCUCCAUACAGUUCUCUAUACAUUUCCUAAGGUGCUGGCAAGGAGAAUUUGUUGUACAAUCAAGACCUGCUUUUGUUGGUUAUCAUUUUGUCUAUUCUUGUGACCUAAACAUUUGAUUCAGGGGUGAUAUUGUGUGGGUAAAUUAGAUUCAAGUCACUCUUAGGGAUUGGUGAGUUAAGGAACAUGCUGAUGACAAAUAACCUUUGGUUUUGCCAAUGUAUUUCCUCGAAUUUGAGAAAGUUGAUGUUGAGUACAUUUGAACCACAUUAAUUAGGAAACAUUUUUGGAGGAAAUUACUUUGAAGGGAAAAUCUUUUUAGCACCCCUCCCCUGUUUGCUGUUAACAUUAAAUUUAUCACAUUGAAUAAUGUGAAGAUUAAGUGUUUAUUUUGUUAAAUACUGUACAGGCUUACAAUGUACAGAAAAUUUUACCUGUAAGGCUCUCACUUUCAAGAUUUCAAUCAUCAUUCCCCUUAUUGUUUGCCACCCAUAUCUUAUGAUGCUAGUUUGGAGAAUUUGGUGUUGAAUCAGAUAUCUGCUAAUUGAUAUGUGUCUUUACUCUGAUAUCACCAAGUUGCUUGAUAUUGUUCGUAGUGAUAUUGUAAGGAGAAAUUAAAACUCCAUCAUUCCUGGGAGUGAAAGAUCUAGUUAAUUGUAACUAACCUCUUUGAAAUUUGUCAUCUUGUGCUCAGGUUAACGCCAUAACAGCUGCUCUCUUCACAACUGAGGUUUUAGAGAAAAGUUCUGCUAAACAGGCACAAGGAAAGCCCCAGAAUGAAAAGAAAUUUACAGAUGAUGCAGCUGUGUCCAUUGAUGACUGGAGUUCAGGUCUUGAAGAAACAGAUGAUUCAUCUUUAUACUUCUCACCUGACUUAGGAAAUGUUCUCUUUACAAGUGCAAUUGAUGGGUGGGGUUUCAGGUAAGGUUGACGACAGGUGGUGCAGUAGCAUGACAGUAAAACCUUUUGCGCAAUAAGGAGGUCGGUUAUCAAUUAUUUUUUGAUAAAGACAGUUAAACCACUGAAAAAUUAUUGAGAAACUGACAUUUCAAGAAGGGCUAUGGCUCAAAAAGGUUAGCUUUUUAAAACUGGUUUACCUACUCAUACCAACUUAUAUUCGAUCAUUAACUAAUCAUUUCUCUUGCCCUCUAAUGUAGCACAACAUUUUUUUCUCAAAAUUAAUGACUAUUUCAUACUCAAAUUUCGUUACUAUAUUUUCAGGAAUAAAUUAUAAUUAUAUCUUUAGGUUAAGAAGCAGGCUUUGAUUUUCAUAGUAUUAAUCCUUCCUUCGUGAUUCAUUUUGUGUAGCUAUUUAUUUCUUCUCCUUUAUGAAAAACAAAAUAAGUUUAAACUCUAACUUUGUAUGAAUUUUUUUGAAGAACGUAAAUGCCUUGACAUUUGAACACUUGCCUUGGUCAUGUUUUUGAUUCAUGAUACAUUUGUUUCCUAGCAUUGAUGACUUUGCGGAAAUGUAUGCUAAUAAACUUGGUAUCAACAAACACAUUCUCUCCUACACCCUGUGGGGUGACUUCUAUCUUCAUAACAAAUCCAAAAGGAUUUUAAAAGGUGCCCAAGCUAAAGCAAAGAAGCCACUGUUUGUUCAGUUUAUACUGGAGAACAUUUGGGCUGUCUAUGAUGCUGUGCUGAAAAAGUAAGUUUAAUCUUGUAAUCCUCACACAUUCAAGAUACAUGUACCAGUAGUUCUCUUCACUUUUGUCAGUAAAUUUCCUUUUUUUUUUAGUAUUCACCAUAAUUUGGUUUUAUAUUAAUUAAGGCAUUUUUCCUCAGAUGAUGAUUGUGUACGUUCUUGUUAGCGAGACCCUGGUAGCAGGUGUCGUGAUGGCCUAACACAUUAUAUGCAAUGAACUCUAGGUUCAAGACCUUGCUGGGUCUUGGUAACUUGUUUGUUGAAUUGAAUAAAACGCUUUACUGUCACAGUUUCUCACUCCACCCAGUGGUCUAAAUGGGUAAAGAAAAAUUGUCAGGAAAACCUGGCAAAAUGCUGCAGGAUAACUAUCCCAUUCAGUUAGGUAGGUAGGCAGGUAAAGUCUGUACUCAAGCCAAUUAACACACCCAGCUGGAGCUUAUUUCAGUUUCCAUGGCGCAAAGCGAGUAGACGUAUUACUACUCCACCCUGGAUGGGAUGAUGGUCAAUUGCAAAGUUACGUCUCCAGCAUUUCAUCAGGCUUCCCUGACAAUUUGCUGGUACUCAUUUGUACCACUUGGUGGAGAGAGGUAUUGUGGGAGUUACCAGUUAGCGUGUUGCCCAAGAACACACAAUGACCUGCUCAGGUUUUGAACCUAGACCUCUUGGAGUCCAGCAAACUAAUCACAAGGCCACUUAGUCUCCCUUCCCCUCCAGGGGGGAGGAGCAAUUAGUUCAAUCAUGCUGAACUUGAAAAUGACCGAAAAUUAUCGUUCAGAUAUGCAUUUUUCGCACUCUCGGGUAAGGCUGCCUUUGAGAGAAAUAGCGUUAAGUUUAUAGCACCAAUCGAGCAGGUGAAAUUCUGGUGGACUUCCUUCACAGGGACAAAAUUAAAACGGAACAGAUAGUCAAAUCGCUGAAUCUGAAAAUAUCAGCCCGAGACAGUCGGCACACAGACAGCCGUGUACAUCUCAAGGCUCUGUUUGAUCAGUGGCUGCCUCUGUCCCGCUCCAUGCUGACUGUGGUGGUGGAGAAGCUUCCCAAUCCGCAGGAGAUUAGUGAUGAGAGAGUGGAAAAGCUGAUGUGUAGUGGGCUCAGGACUUUUGAUUCCUUACCUGAGGAGACACAACGCUUGAAAAAUGGUGAGUGUUUUCUUUACCUCUCUCUCUCUCUUUUUUUGAUUAUGGUUAUUCCCCUUUGUGAUUGGCUGGUUUGCAGUAGCUGUAAUUGAUGCAUUUUACCUUCCCUCUGUAGUCCACAGCCAUACGGCUCUCUUGGUGUUGUCUUUCUCGUUUCUGGGCGUCUAUGCGUCUAGAAUUUCUACUCUGCUGGCCCUGUUGUGGUUAUCCAUUCCUUGACCACACGGCGCCAGUUCUGAUAGUCAGCCAAGAACUGUUUUGCUGUUUUCUGAAAUGCUCCAUGGCAUACGUUUUCUUUUUUCCUUCAGAUUUUCUGACCUGCAGGUCUUCAGACGAUGCUCCAGUUAUAGUCUUUGUUUCUAAAAUGUUUGCUGUCGAAGAUAGUGCUCUGCCCAAGCAUCGUAAGAGGUGAACUAAUACUUUAUUAUUUGACGUUUGUUACAUUUUUUCCAUGAAAUCUCCAAGAUUUACUGAAAUGUCCAGCUAUUUGCCUGACGAACGCUUUUGAGGUAUUCUGCCACAAAUGCCACAACUUUAUAUUCACUUUUAAGGCCACUGACUCAAGAAGAAAUUGCUGCUCGACGCGAGCAAGCGCGAAAAAGACAUGCUGAGAUGAUGGCAAAUAAUGCUGGGUUAGAAAAUGGCACUCCUCUUAAUUUGGAACCAGCAGCAGGUAAAGAAAACAAAGAGAACGAAAGCACCGAGGUUUUAAAGCUCACCGAAGAUGAAGAGACUCCGAAAAGUCACGUGCUAGCAUUCGCACGGGUUUACAGCGGGACCAUCAAGAAGGGUCAGCGGCUGUACGUGCUGGGCCCUAAACAUGAUCCACGAGAGGGCCUGGAUAAACAAUUGGUGCCGCUCGAGGACCAAGGCCAAUCUGACGCUUCCAGGUACAGGGUUUCACGUUGUAUAGGCUGUUUUUUUUUAUUUUAUGCAACUUAUUUUGACAAGUUCUUUGGUCGUCGGAAACGUCAAGAGUACUAAUAAGUCAAGGCUAGCGCUACUAGCUUUGGCAAUUGAGUCAGAAGAAAUAUUCCGGUUUGCUUAUUUAAAAAUAGGUCAAUUCUUAUAAGCACGCUUGUGUGAAGUGUUCAAAGAUAUAGAAUGUCCAUGCCACUUUGGCCUUGAAUGCGAUGCCAGUCAAAUGCGUUUUAUACUUUACGUUAGAAUCUAAGUAGUUAUUCUGUUGUCUUUGUAGAAAGUCGUCUGUUACUUACCUUUUAUUAGAUUUCUUACGUAUUUUUUGCUCUCUUUUUUCAUCUCUCGUUUUUUAAUUAGUAAUAAAGAAGAGGCUAAGGAGGGCCUUUCAGUGGCGAAGUCUGUUGAUCGAGGUACAAAUCAACAUAUGGCUUCCUUCGCCGUGCAAGACCUCUAUUUACUCAUGGGACGAGAACUCGAAGCUCUGGACUCUGUUCCGGCCGGGAAUGUCCUGGGGAUUGGUGGCCUUGAGAGUCACGUGCUCAAGUCUGCUACAAUUUCCAGCACUGCUACCUGUCCGCCAUUCACUGCUCUUCCAAUCGAGGCUCGUCCCAUUGUUCGCGUCGCAGUAGAGCCAGUUCACCCGGCUGACAUGCCCGCGCUCGCAAGGGGAAUGAGACUACUUAACCAGGCGGAUCCUUGUGUUGAAACUUUAGUGCAGGAAACUGGUAAGUUUUCUUGGUGUCAGGAUCCUAGAGGCCAAUUACAUCGAUCGGCAGCCAAGCACACUAACCAAUAGGAUUACGAGUCUCCCACACAGGAGCCAAUUACGCGUCGCAACCAUUAAAAGACAUACCAGACCUCCCUUAUUAUUACGACCAGCUUUUUGUGACCUCAUAGCAUCACUUUAGUUUGAUUUUGCUGUUUUAGGGUGUGUUUUUUUUUUGUAGUGGAACGCCUCAACGGCAGGGAAAAGCUAUAAAAAACGACCAAACCGUACGGAACGGAGAAGUCGUGAAGUCUGUCUGUUAUUAUUACCACUUUUUAAUGAAUUAAUACCAUUAUUAGAAUUAUAAUUAAUAUUUUACGAUUUUGAUUAUUACCAUUACUAUUGAUAUUGUAAGGCUGCUAUUAUUAUUAUCAGCUCCAUACAUCAUAUAUUAAGCACAAAACAAAUCUUUUGUUAUUUCGUUUAAGGUGAGCAUGUGAUCGUGGGCGCUGGGGAAGUUCAUCUUCAGCGGUGUAUUGAUGACCUAGAGAAGCUCUUUGCUGGCAUUAAACUUAAUGUAUCAGCGCCUAUCGUUCCGUUCAGAGAAACCAUCGUUGUUCCUCCCACUGUAGAUAGGGUCAACGAAGCUAUUAUCAGCGAAACGAAUUCGACCCAGCCGAAAGAAAUCGACAUCGAAGGAGAGGAAAGUGAUAAAAACGUCUUGGAUAAAGACAGAGGAAUCAUUGAAAUCAAGACGGCCAACAAACUCUGUAGUGUCCAAGUGAGGGCUUUGCCUUUACCUGACGAUGUUACGCAAUUACUUGAGAAGGAAAGUGAUUUGAUAAAAAUCUUAGUGACACUGUCAUCAGCCACGAGCUUAGCAGAACGGAAGCAAUUGGUAGAUCAAGUUAAACUUCCUACCAGAGAAGCAUUGAAAGCUUUCUAUGAAGAGCUCUGCAUUGCUUUUAAAGAAGCGGGAACUAUGUGGGAUGGAGCUGCGGAUGAUAUCUGGGCUUUUGGUCCACGUAGAAUUGGUAGCAAUGUUUUGCUGAAUAGAAUACCAGGCUACAAACGACCUUCCAUGUGGCAAAGUUCAGGUCUAUUUGGUAAGUUGGACUUUUUGACUGAUUGUUUUGUGUUCCCUUCCUUUUUCUACUUUAUGAGCUCAGUGUUUGACAUAUUUCCUUGUUGACGUUGAUUUCCUUUGCGAUCUAAAUAAAGCAAGUUGAAUGCUUUCAACUUUGAUCAUCAUUAUAAGAAAUUGUUAUUCUCCGAUGGUCCGCUGGCAAAUAGCCGUGUGCUUGUAUUUUGCUUGUUCAAGGGAGAUAAUUUGUUAAAAAAAAAUUGUCACACCUUUAAGCGUUCUUAUAUUGCUUGUCUUACAGUUCUUUUGUUGAUGAUUUUCACAAUCGGAAAGUAAGUUGAAGUUCUGGUGUAACGGCGAAGAAAAGUAGUAAAACACGGCUAAAUUACAACACUCUUUUGCAAUGUUGAAAAGGCGACUGCAGUGACUUUUAUAUAUAUUUUUGGUCGCAACAGGAAGCACUUGUCCAUCAUCAGAAAUCAGUUACCGCGAAUAUGAUAACAGUAUCGUCAGUGGGUUUCAGCUGGCAACUCUAGCUGGUCCGCUCUGCGAGGAACCCUUGAUGGGAGUAUGCUUUGUCGUAGAAAAUUGGAUUUCAUUGGAGGCUGGUUCAAACACCCUUGGUAUCACUGGAAUGAGCAGAGGAAAGACUUUAGGGCAGGAACGUGUAUCGAACAAGGAAGAUUAUAAUGUUGACGGGAAUACUGACGAAAAUGAAGCAUGCAAAGACAAUGAAAAAAUUAACGAAAUGAGCGGUGAAAAGAUCGAGUAUCCGAAUAAUUUUUCCACAGAAUCUGAAAAUAGCAGCUCGAAAAAUGCUCCAUCACAAAGACUUGAUAGGUUCGGACCAUUUUCUGGACAGCUGAUGUCCGCCGUCAAGGAAGGCUGUAGGCGCGCUUUUUUGCUUCAGCCAGUUCGCCUCAUGGCAGCUAUGUACACAUGUGACAUUCAAACGACAGCGGAGGUCCUGGGACGAAUGUACGCGGUUUUAGCCAAACGGGAGGGACGGGUACUGAAGGAGGAAAUGAAGGAAGGUUCAGACGUGUUUGACGUCACAGCCGUACUUCCGGUAGCGGAAAGUUUUGGAUUUGCGGAAGAAAUAAGAAAGCGGACAAGCGGACUGGCGAAUCCACAGCUUGUAUUUAGCCAUUGGGAGGUUAGAAUUUCAGUACUUUGUUUCUGGUGGUAUCGUAGAACCUCAUUGUAUAUUGAAGGCUUUAUUUGAUACAGUCAAACCUCUACGAAAGGCCACUCACUCGAGAGGUCUGGCUCGAGCCCCGGCUCGCCCAAUGUGUUGUGUUCUUGGACAAGACCAUUACCGUCAUGAUGCCCCUCUCCACCUUGGAGUUUAAGGGGUGCUAGUGGACUGUCAGGGAAGCUUGACAAAAUGCCGUGGGAGGAGGGGGUGGGGGGUUGGAGAAAGCUUAAGGGUCAGAAAAAGUCAUCAUCCUGAUUUUAAUGAAGUAAUUUUGUUGAUCCUUGUUGCUUCUUUCAUCGCAGGUUGUUGAUAUUGACCCGUUUUGGGUUCCCACAACAGAGGAGGAAUACACACAUUUCGGUGAGAAAGCUGAUUCAGAAAAUCAAGCCCGAAAAUAUAUGAACAGCGUUCGGCGAAGGAAAGGACUCUAUGUGGAAGAGAAAACUGUCGAGCAUGCAGAGAAACAACGGACGCUGAAGAAAUGAUCACUUGUGGAAGAAACUCUUAAGAAUGAUUAGUCGAGGGAGAAGUUAUUUAUGUCACACAUCGCGAAUUUUCCCCGAGCGUUCACUUUCGUCAAAUCGAAAACUGUUAUCGAAACUCGCAAAUUACGCGUCGAUGUAAUGUUUAAAGAUCGAGAAUUUAUGAUUUAAACCAGAGAAUCGAGCAUCUCUACGUUUAUUUGUCACACGGGAUAUUGUAAACAUAAAGUAAAAUGAGUUAAAUUAGUGAGGAUUGCAUGCAAACGCAAAAGCACGGGUUCGAGC